GUCCCCCCACCAAAUAGCGGAUACUCUUCAGGGAAGGACCGGGCAGGCAACGGCGGCUUUUCCUUAUCAGAUCGCCAAGAUUUCAAUUCAUUCGUUUGUGCAAUUUUCAAUCAGGCGACACGACCCUUUUUCACAUGUGUCUCACUUUCAUUCUCAUUCUCACUCUCACUCUCACUUCAGUCCUCACACUCACUCCCCCAACCACGCAGUCAAGUAAUAACUCAUCUUUCACUCCCCUCCUCGCCUGCGAGUUUCUCCUCCUCGCUUCCACUUGCUCUUUUCUCCGAGCCCUCGCGUCUGGUGUAUUCCGUACAGUUAUACUGCGGAGUACAGCUGCCCACCCCUCCCUCGAUUGCCGCCGCCCGCUGUCAAAAAGUCUCGGACGUCCAAUGUUCCUCCGCGCUCGGCCCGGUUCGUAGAAGCUUUUUUUGUGGGAUUUUUCCAACGAGUCUAUGAAUCACGACCACCUCUCGCGCAUCUGGACGCCCGUGCGAGACUGCAUAUCAACCAAAGUGAAGCAGCAUAGGCUCAAUUCGUGUCGAGU